AUGGCAAACUCAGGGUCGCAUACGGGUUGUUCUGGGGAGGCAGACGCCAAGCGGACCACAGAUAGGGAGAAGAUCCGGGCAGUCGGCAUCCUCAUCGCAGGUCACUGGGGUCUCUGGGAGGCAGACGCCAAGCGGACCACAGAUAGGGAGAAGAUCCGGGCAGUCGGCAUCCUCAUCGCAGGUCACUGGGGUCUCUGGGAGGCAGACGCCAAGCGGACCACAGAUAGGGAGAAGAUCCGGGCAGUCGGCAUCCUCAUCGCAAGUCACUGGGGUCUCUGGGACGCAAAUUCCAGAGUCGUUACAGAUGGGAAGAAGAUCCGGGCAGUCGGCAUCCUCAUCGCAGGUGACCGGAGUAUCGGGGAUACAGACGCCGGCAGUGCAGUUCGGCAGGCCUUCGGGACAAUCGGCGUCCUCGCUGCAGGUGGCCGGAGUAUCGGGGAGGCACACGCCCUCAGGACUGCAUGUGGGAAGAAGAACCGGGCAAUCGGCAUCCUCGUCGCAGGUGAUCGGAGUGUCCGGGAGGCAGAGUCCGCCAGUGCAGUUAGGGAGACCUUCGGGACAAUCGGCGUCAUCGCCGCAGGUGAUGUCGUCAACGGUGUCGCCGACGCAUAG